UAGAAUUUCAUAUCUCGUCAAUUUUUUCGUCUCCGUUGUUAAUAAAUAUUUCCAAGUGUGAAGUGUGAACUUUUUAAUUAAAUCGGUGAAUUAUCAUUGCACGUGGUAAAUUUGAUGUGAAUUAAUUGUCAAUUUUGGAAUAUUCACUUGGCUCCUCGUCCCAAAAAAAGUUGGAUCUAGAUCUGCUCGUGAUUUACGAAUGAAAAUUAAUAAGGACAGCACCAUGCAGGCCGAAAUUGACCAUGCGACGACACAAUUGGAGAAUCUUGACCUUGUCGCCGACGUCGAUAACGUGGCGAUGAAGGCUUUGCUCAAUCCUUUGAUCCUGCAAAAAGUCUUCUGCUCCUUGGACACCAAAACUUUAAAGUCAGCCCGUCUCGUGUGCACCCUUUGGGCCGACGUUGGCGCCGCACCUCUUGGCAAGCAGGGCCGCCACGUCUUUAGGACACGGUCCGACCUCGAAAGUAAUAAAGCGAUGGCCUCACUCAAUCCCGAACUGUUGAAGAAUGUAAAAAUACUAUUCGAAGGGUACAAGACAUGCAACUGCGUAUACAUCAUUUGCUGGUGUACUCCAACUCUUCCCUUGGACUUUGUCUGGAUUUUGCCCCAAAUUUCUGACAAGCUGGAAACACUCGAGGUCUUCUAUGUCACGGCGUUUGAACCCAUACGGGAACUUUGGAGCAGUUAUAAUUUUCCACACCUGGCUCGCAUCCGGAUCCUCGCCGACAGAGAAUAUCUUGACGAAGCGGAACCAAUGUUGAAGGAAAUGGCAGAAUUUCGACCCCUCCCAAAUCUGAAGGUGUUCUCCUUGAGAAUGUUCUCAGGCUGUAGAAACCCCUCGUCAAGGGCGCAGAUGUCAACCAUUUGCCAAAACCUGAUCAACUCCUCCCCCAACUUGGAGGAAUUCGAGCUUCACUCAACUUUCUACGUGGAUUUGACGGCAUGCGGAAAACUCAAGAAGUUCACGUUCAAUUACGACCCGACAGGAAGUUUUGAAUUUGAAAUCUCCGAAACGACGAAAAUGCUAGAAAGUGGUCGAACUUCUUUGGAAAGUUUGAUCUUGAAUUAUACUAUGGAGAAUGAUGACUCGAUAGAGCUGAAUUUCUACUUCCCGAAUCUCACCCACCUCCAAACGAAUGCUGCCGACGUGUAUGUCCUUAAAGACUCUGUGAACACCACAAAUCUCCCAAAAUUGACGCAUUUCUCCAUGUCUACCAUCGAUUAUCCUUUCCAAUUCGAAAUUUCUGGAAUGCUUAGUCGCUACCAUCUGCGUCACGUUGGGAUAACCUCGCUCGACAUAUGUUGCAAGAAUCAUUUUCCCAGAAUUGGCAACAACGAGGAUGGAGAAGCUGCCCGAAGACUGGUCGAUCUCUUCCCGUCCGUGAAGGAAUUGAAAUUUAACUUGAAGAUUGUGGUCUUCAGAGAUUACGACCAAUAUUUUUUCGAUUUGAUGGAAAUCAUGCGAUCUUUUGGGGAAUGGGAGUUGUCACGCGGGGAGGUCGAUUUUCAUCUGAAAGCUUGUCAAGGGCCCGAGAUAAAUGACCAUCACGAGCGUGACUUUGUUUCGCUGUUUAUCAUUGCUGUAUUGAGAGGAAUGACGGGAUGGACAGGCUUGGCCAACACGUCACUGAAGUUUAGUACCGAUUGGCGCAGGCCUGCUGAGUUUAGGCUGUUGGACGAGGUGCGAGAUGCCAUCCUAUCCUGCAGGACGAUUCGAAGCCUGGCUAUUAGUGGGCUCUUGAUGGACGCGGAGACGAAGAAUAAUCUGGAGACAUUUAUUCGAGAACAAAAUUUGCCAAUUAUUACGCGGUUCAAUAAUUGAAAUUGAAGUACUGAUACUUGAAGCGUAAAAAUGUCAUAAUUUCUUCAUUACUACUACGAUUUGUUUAUUUUCCUACGUUGAAAUAUGUAUAUGCUAAAUAUUGCUAAAAUGUGAAAUUUAAUUAGCCCUGUGCCAAAUAGCUUGAAUGUUUCCUGAGUUUAAGAAUUUCUUUCUGGGUCAAAUUAUUUAACUCAAAGUUGUUACAACAGCAAUUCAUUUAAGCCUUAAAAUUGUACCUGAGUUACGAAUUGUCUUCAUUCUUUUUUGAUUUGAGAAAUAUUCAAGGGUAAAUGUAAGUAUUUUCGACUUGAAUAAUUCAAGUUGAAUUCUAAAAUUUAUUGUAAUCUUUUGUGUGUCAAAAGUGUUAUUAAUUUAAAAAAACUUAAAUAAAUGAAGCGUGGUUUGUAAAGUGAGUACAAAAGGUUGAAGAAAUUGCGAUAUCUACUAAUACCUAGUCAGAAUUUUUGAGUUAUGCUUCUAAUUGCAAGUUGCAGCUGCUGAUAAAAACCAGGCGAAAUGUUCAACAAAAUCAUUUCCCAUAUUUCGCAGGAGAAGGUGAGACAAAGUGAGAAAAGUGGUUGGCGGUGGGUAUCCACCACCAUCGUGCGUUAGGGUCUAUGCGCGAUCCAUUUUCUCACUCUGUUUCUCAUACGACAAAAUAUAUCUUGGAAUAGACUGUUUCUUUCGCGAGGAUGCUUUUUGGACGUGGGAAAACAACUUUUGAACACUCAUCCAUGCCCACUCUCGUUCUGUUUUUCUCUCCUCUUGUUUACUCAAGUCGAAUAAUUAUACUGGAGAAUUAAUUAUAAAUUAUAACAAAUGUUCCAAAUAAUUAAUAAACUUCAACCUUCCUUCUUUAA